UACACAAAGCUAUCUGGGAUGGACUUUUCCUGCAUUUCAAAUUCAUCUUCUUCACCCUUCACUUCGCCCGAAAUAGAAGAAGAACAUGAGCAGUACAACAAAGUGCUCAUGCCCAGCAUUUUCGGUGUCAUCUGUUUCUUUGGGAUCUUUGGAAACUGUGUUGUAAUCUACACCAUCGUGAAGAAAACCAAGUUGUGCUCCCAGCACACAGUGCCGGACAUAUUUAUCUUCAGCUUGUCCAUCGCAGACCUGCUCUUCCUCCUCGGCAUGCCUUUCCUCAUUCACCAGCUUGUGGGCAACGGCUCCUGGUGCUUUGGUGGCACCAUGUGCACCGUCAUCACGGCGCUGGACUCAAACAGCCAGAUUGUCAGUACUUACAUCCUGACAGUCAUGACUCUGGAUCGCUACCUGGCAACUGUCCAUCCCAUCCGCUUCAAACACGUUCGAACCCCCUUCGUGGCCAGGGCAGCGGUGGCUCUGGUGUGGCUGUUUUCUCUGGUCUCCAUCACCCCAGUGUGGAUGUACGCGGGACUCAUGCGUCUGAAGGACGGCUCGGUAGGCUGCGCCCUCCUGCUGCCCAACCCAGCCACGGAUACAUACUGGUUCACCCUCUACCAGUUCUUCUUGGCCUUUGCUCUGCCUUGGGUGGUCAUCUGUGCGGUCUUCUUCAAGAUUCUCCAAAACAUGUCGGCUACAGUUGCUCCACUGCCCCAGCGCAGCCUCAGGGUGCGGACGAGAAAGGUGACCCGCAUGGCCGUGGCUAUAUGCGUGGCCUUCUUCAUCUGCUGGGCCCCCUAUUACAUCUUGCAGCUGGCCCACCUCGGAGUCCAGCGGCCCAGUUUUGCUUUCCUGUACGCCUACAACAUUGCUAUCAGCAUGGGCUACGCCAACAGCUGCAUCAACCCGUUUAUCUACAUUGUAUUGAGCGAAACGUUCAAGAGGCAGUUCAUUGUAGCCGUUCGCCCGUUGCCCAGGGGUUUCAGAGUGUCCCCGGCUCUGGCCGAUGGCAGUUUGAGUCUGAGGAUGGCACCUGACUGCUCUCAACCAUCGCAGUCAGCAAGGGAACUACUUCCAAACAUGCUGCCUGUCACUGUGCACUGAGAUGGA